CGCUGCGCGAGUAGCGUCAGCAUUGCCCCACUCACUGAAGCGGAGAGCAAACGGAGAGAAUUGAGAAUCAUGGAAACGCUGGUGCUCGAGCCUGUCGGGGUGUUGCACCCAGUCCUACAAAAGCUGCCAGAUUUUCUAGUGCGAAGGCUAAUCCGCCGGGAUGUGGCAUCGCAGCUGCGCUACUUGUACGGACUCUCUGCAGAAGAGCAGCUCCAGGGCCUUGUUAAUUUCGUCCAGAAUGCCAAGCAAAUGCCCGUCAUGGAAGCAGGGGGCUCUUUCCGGGACGAGCUCUAUGAUGUUGAUUUCUUCAAACUGCUGCUUGGAAAGCAUCUCAAGUACAGCUGCUUGUUGUACGAGGAUCCUUCGUUCACGGACGAGCAAGCCGAGGAAGCCAUGUUUAAGCUGUGCUGCGACAGAGCACGAAUCGAGGACGGGCAGCGUAUCUUGGAUCUUGGAGGCGGCUAUGGCGGACUGGUUAUGUAUAUCGCGCAAAAGUUUCCUUCAUGCCAGAUUACUUCCAUAGCCGAUUCAAGAGUCCAAACUGAGCACAUCCGAGAGGAAUGCAGAAAAAGAGGCUUGGUAAACGUUGAGGCGAUUGAUUGCGACAUAACAAGCACCAAAAUCACGCAGAAUUUCGACAGGAUCUUCUGCAUCGGCGUUUUCGAGCACAUGACAAACUAUCAAAAGUUUAUGAAGAUAGUCUCCAAUCUUAUGAAUGAAGGAGGUCUCUUCUUCGUGGAACAUCCUUGCCACAAGCUAUUCGCAUACCGCACGACAGCGGGCAACAGGAUGCUGGCAGACGCAUUGCCAUUAUAUUUCCAGGACGAUUUUGUGAUCCUCGAUCACUGGCGAGUAAAUGGAACCCAUCAAGGAAGAUCUUGUGAAGCCUGGAUGAGAAAUCUGGAUGCCAAAUUCGACCAAGUUCACGCCUUGUUUGCAAAGGCCUAUGGAGAGGACAAGGCAAGCAAGAGAUUGGGAGGCUUUAGAUCAAACCUCCUCUUGGGGACGGAAAUGUUCAACUUCAACAAUGGUGAGGAAUGGUUUGUUUCACACAAGCUCUUCCAAAAGAGACUCUAAAGUUUCUAAGCAAUGUAGAUUAAAUUGGUACUAUAGUGUUUGAAUUUAUCAUUUAGGGCAAAGCUUCUUAGGGUUCUUUGGGCAGAGGAAGAUGGAGGGCGCGCUCUCCAAAGCGAGUAGCUUCUUGCUGGCACGGCGGGCAAAGAAGGAGAUGAACUCCAUCGGCGACGAUUUCAAUUCCCUAUCUUCCACCGUAGAGACGAGCGCCAAGCUUCUCUUCAACCGCCUAAAAGGAAGGAUGCAAACACCUCUCCCCGAUCUCCUCCACAGCUACAAUCUCCCGCGAGGGAUCUUCCCCAAGAACGCCACGCACUACGAAUUCGACGAGGCCACCGGCAAGCUCACCGUGAUGCUCCCAUGGAUCUGCGAGUGCUGCUUCCGGGACUCGUCCAUUCUGAGGUACGCCGCCACAGUCACCGCCACUCUCCAGCACGGCAAGCUCGUGGACGUGGAGGGCAUCAAGACCAAAGUUCUCAUCUGGGUCAAGGUGGCUGCCAUCUCCGUCCCCACGGAUCAUCCCGGCGACAAGGUCUACUUCUCGGUGGGGAUGAAGAAGUCGCGACCCAGAGAGGUGUAUGAAGUUCUCAAGGAUGCCUUGGAAGUGGAGGAAUUCUAAGUCAAUCACGCGGGAAAGGAUACACUGUAAACUAAUAAGAGAAGCUUGCUUUUA